AUGGGGCACUCUCGCGUUGUCCAGUGCCUCCUAGAAGACGACCGCGUAAGAUCCAGUGCCUCGCAGCAGGACAAUCAUGGCUGGUCCGCUCUCCAUCUAGCCAUUCAUAGUCGAGAUCUGCCCACUGUCAAAGUCCUGCUUGAUAGCUUCGCCAUUGCGGAGCCUUCGGCCCUGGUUGAUGAGAACGGGCUUACUGCGGAAGAAUGGCUAGAUCUCGAGCCAACUAGCCACUUAUACAAAGCCACCAGUAACUUAGCCUUCAGCAAGUCACGCUGUUGCCGGGCGGUCACCGGCUUAAGACAGGCAGUUCUCACCGGGAGUGUUCCUAUGAUCAGACUUCUCCUCAGACUCGGCCAUGACGUUGACGGCAUGGAUUCCGGACGAAGGACCGCGCUCUACUACGCGGCGAAGACGCGCAUGCUCACCAUGAUGGACCUUCUCCUCCAGAUGGGUGCAGAUCCCAAUAUCAUCCCCGCGGGACGCAAAUCCUGGAGGGAGUUUAUCUCGGACGACGGCGUGUUACGACGGCUC